GUGUUAUUAGCCUUUUAUUUUAUUUUGUGAUUCUAAACUCAAUCCACGGCGGAUCGAAGAGGAGGCCGCUGGAGGUAAGAGUUAAGACACAGAAGGAUCUCCGAAUAAUAUCGUGCAAACCACAAAACCAUAAGAGGGCCAUCGCAGCCGCCUGUGUUUCCCACGGCCGACGACGGGGAAGCAGAGACAGGAGACCGAGGUAAGAUGGGGGGCGAAGAGAAAAGGCAUCAGAUGAUGCAGAACCUAUUCGGAGAUCAAUCGGAGGAAGAGGAGGAGAUUGAUUCCGAGCACGAAUCUAAUCCUCAGCCUAAUUACGCUUCGGAUGAAGCUGAGGGAGAACUGAGGAACGGGGUUGAUGAUGAGGGUGAAGGUGAAGUGGAGGAGCAGGAGCAGGAGCAGGAGCAGGAGCAGGAAGAUGUUGAUGUUGACGUUGAGAGUGAAGGUGAAAUGCGUGAGGUAGAGCCUGAUCCUGGAGAAAGUGAGGGCGAAAGGGAGCCAAGUUCGGAGGAAGUGGACGUGGAGGAUCCGAGAGAAGAGAGUGAAGAGAAAGAUGCAGAAAGUGAUGAGAAAGAUCAGUAUGGUCAGAGGGUUGUCACCAGUCGAAGACGUGAUGUGCUUGAAAGUGAGUCUGAGAGAUCUGAGGAGCAACCUUAUGCUGACCAUGAUGAUGAGGAAAUAGACCAAGCUGGAAAUCCAAGCAGAUCACCUGAGGAGGAGAGGGACCAAACUCACAUAUCACACUCAGCUGCUGAAAUACGUGAUGUUUUUGGUGAUUCUGAUGACGAGGAAGAGGCAGGAUAUGCUGUUCAAAAUGACCUCGAGCCAGAUUCUCAUAUGUCUCCCAUGGAAGACGAAGGAAGCUAUGAGAAGAGUCUAAGACCUGAAGACAUGCUAGUUGAUGAAGAUGGCCGAUAUGAGUCAGAGGAGGAGAAUGUCGAGGUCAAACAAAAGGAAAGGCCUGUUGGUCCGCCACUGGAGCUGGAGAUUCCAUUUCAAGCAGCUCCUGCCCAUCCAACUAGGAUGAAUUUAAUCAAAGUUUCCAAUAUAAUGGGUAUUGAGGCCCAACCAUUUGAUCCCAAGACAUAUGAGGAGGAGAAAACAUUUGUCACCGAUGAAUCUGGAGCUAGAAAGCGCAUCCGCUUGGAAAAUAACAUUGUGCGCUGGCGGCGUGUCAAAAAUCCUAACGGCACAACUUCUAUUGAAAGUAAUGCUCGCUUCGUCAGGUGGUCAGAUGGCAGUUUGCAGUUAUUAAUUGGGAAUGAGGUUCUUGAUAUAUCUGUACAGGAUGCACAGCAUGACCAAACACACCUCUUCCUUAGACACAAUAAGUCCCUUCUUCAAUCACAAGGAAGAAUAUUGAGGAAGAUGAAGUUCAUGCCAUCUUCGUUGUCAUCAAAAUCUCACAGGCUAUUGACUGCCCUUGUUGACUCACGGCAUAGGAAAGUUUACAAGGUUAAGAAUUGCAUUACUGACAUUGACCCUGAGAGAGAGAAGGAGGAGAAAGAGAGGGCUGAAAGUCAAACAAUCCGGGCAAACGUACUCCUUAAUCGGAAGAGAGAAAAGGUUAGCCGGAAAUAUACCCCUGUAGUAGAGCGUAAGCAUCAACUUUCAACUGGAUUCUUAGAGGGUGCUCUUGACGAGGAUGAAGAACACGAAUAUUCUGAUCCUCGUCGGACUCGUCGCCGCUUUGAGGAAGACCUGGAAGUGGAAGCUCGAGCAGAGAAGCGCAUUAUGAAUGCUAAGAAGGGAAACAAAGACUUCCUACGCAAGUCGUCUUUGCCUAUGGCUAAAUCGAGCAAGCGCCCCGUGAAUUUCGAGGACAGUGAGAGAGAGGAAUCUGAUUAUGAAAGUGAUGAGUAUCAAGAUGGGAGGCCUGCUCCUAGGAAGAGGUUUGAAGAACCAGAGGAGGAAUACGAAGAAGAUGAGGAAGAGGAAGAAGAGCGCUAUGAAGAAGAGGCAGACGGUGAUGGAGCCUCAGAGGAAGAAGAGGAAGCUGAGGAACUAAAGCCGAGAGGCAAGGAGUAUGGAGGUAGUCAUAGAAGAGCUGGGAUCGAGUCAGAUCAGGACUCCCCACCUAGAAAGGUGCAUACUCACAGGAGAGCUGUUGUAUUUGAUAGUGAUGAAGACUGAGAAGAUGGAUGAAUGCUAGAUGGGCAUGCAGAGAUGUGAUGAAAGCACUUCAGGAAGCUAACUUGGAACUAUCUGGGACAAUUGCUUAAGGAGGAGCUUUGCUAAACUGUCUUCUUUCUGUACAGCUUUCUUCUUCUUCUGAAUAUUUAGCCUCUCCUUGCUCUCUUGAAUUGAAUGAAUCAGUGUGUUUACUGUUCUUCAUAAUUGAGGUUCCCGUUGUUUGUUCCGAUUGUAUACCUUUUGGUUUUUUGAUUACUGAGUCGGCCUAGUCAUAGGCUUGCCCUUCCAUUUUAUACACCUGACUUUCAUUUUUUCCCCCCCCCCCUCCUGAUUCAUAUGAGCAGACUGCAAUCAUAUAUUAUUUAUAAGGGUGAAAUAAUGUUUUUAUUCUUAGGUGC